CCGCUCGGGACCCGCCGCCCUCCCGGCGCCGCCACCCGGGCGCGCCCGCUCGCGUGCCCGGCCCUGCCUGGAAGCCGCGGAAGAUGGCGAGCCCGGCGCCCCCGGAGCCCGCGGAGGAGGGAUGCCCGGCUCCGGCGACCGAGGAGCAGGCGCCGCCGCGGGCUCCCCGCGAAGGGCAGCAGGAGGAAGCGCAGGGCGGAGGGGCGGUGGCGGCCGGCGCGGGGCGUCAGGUGGCGGAGGCCGCGGGCGGGGUGGCCGCCCCCGGGACCUGGCUGCUGCGGGAGCCCGCGCUGUGGCUGGGCGGCCGCGCCGGCGAGCUCCUGAGCUGGAAGAGGCCGCUGCGCAGCCUGCUCGGCUUCGUCGGGGCCAACCUGCUGUUCUGGUUCCUUGCGUUGACGCCAUGGAGAGUGUAUCACCUGAUUUCCGUCAUGAUACUGGGCCGUGUUAUUAUGCAAAUAAUAAAGGAUAUGGUUUUGUCUAGAACGAGAGGUGCACAGUUGUGGAGAAGCCUCAGUGAAAGCUGGGAAGUCAUCAAUUCCAAACCAGAUGAAAGACCCAGGCUCAGCCACUGUAUUACAGAAUCAUGGAUGAAUUUCAGCAUAUUUCUCCAGGAAAUGUCUCUUUUUAAACAGCAGAGCCCUGGCAAGUUUUGUCUCCUGGUCUGCAGUGUGUGCACAUUUUUUACAAUCCUGGGAAGUUACAUUCCCGGGGUUAUACUCAGCUAUCUACUGUUGCUGUGUGCAUUUUUGUGUCCACUGUUUAAGUGUAAUGAUAUAGGACAAAAAAUAUACAGCAAAAUCAAGUCAGUUCUGCUGAAACUAGAUUUUGGAAUUGGAGAAUAUAUUAAUCAGAAGAAACGUGAAAGAUCUGACACAGAUAAAGACAAAAGUCACAAAGAUGACAGUGAAUUAGACUUUUCAGCUCUUUGUCCUAAGAUUAGCCUCACGGUUGCUGCCAAAGAGUUGUCUGUGUCUGACACAGACGUAUCUGAGGUCUCCUGGACUGACAACGGGACCUUCAACCUUUCGGAAGGAUACACUCCACAGACAGACACUUCUGAUGAUCUUGACCGACCUAGUGAGGAAGUUUUCUCUCGAGACCUUUCAGAUUUUCCAUCUCUAGAAAAUGGCAUGGGAACAAAUGAUGAAGAUGAAUUAAGCCUUGGCUUGCCCCCUGAGCUCAAGAGAAAAAAGGAUCAGCUGGAUGGUGCUCUCAGACCAGGCAGAGAGAGGCAGUCAGCAGCUGGUCUCACUCUUCCUCUGAGCAGUGACCAAACCUUUCACUUGAUGAGCAACCUGGCUGGGAACGUCAUCACAGCCGCAGUGACCGCUGCCAUCAAAGACCAGUUAGAGAGUGUCCAGCCGGCUCUUUCCCAGGCCACGCCCAGCCCAGGAGAGGACACAGACACCGAAGAAGGUGAUGACUUUGAACUACUUGACCAGUCAGAGCUCGAUCAAAUUGAGAGUGAAUUGGGACUUUCACAAGACCAGGAAUCAGAAGCCCAGCCAAUUAAGAAGUCUUCAGGCUUCCUUUCAAAUCUGCUCGGAAGCCAUUAGUUUGAGAAUCAACUUGCACAACAGAGC